CCAUUUUCAUCCGUUUAUCUAUUUUUCUCUCCUCUAGUCCUCAUUUUUUCUACUUCUAUUUCUUUCUUUGCAAUUUUCACCAUUUCUUUUGAUUUUAAGGUUACAUGAAAUGGGGCAACAAACAUUGAUCUACAGCUUUGUCGCUCGAGGCACGAUGAUCCUCGCUGAGUAUACCGAGUUCACCGGCAAUUUCGCCAACAUUGCCUCUCAAUGCCUCCAAAAGCUUCCCUCUUCAAACAACAAGUUCACCUAUAAUUGUGAUGGUCAUACCUUCAAUUACAUUGUUGAGAAUGGAUUCACCUAUUGCGUGGUUGCAAUUGAAUCUGUAGGUAGACAAAUUCCAAUUGCAUUUUUGGAACGUGUUAAGAAAGAUUUCAAUAAGAGAUAUGGUGAAGGGAAAGCUACAAUUGCCACAACCAAAAGUCUAAACAAAGAGUUUGGACCCAAAUUGAAAGAGCACAUGCAGUAUUGUGUGGACCAUCCUGAAGAGAUCAAUAAACUUACGAAAGUAAAGGCCCAAGUUUUUGAAGUCAAGGGUGUUAUGAUGGAAAAUAUUGAAAAGGUUCUUGAUCGCGGUGAGAAGAUUGAGUUGCUUGUGGACAAAACUGAAAACCUUCGUUCACAAGCACAAGACUUUAGGCAACAGGGAACUAAGAUGAAGAGAAAGAUGUGGAUUCAGAAUAUGAAGAUGAAACUAGUUGUCCUAGCUUGGCCAACCGAGUCAUUUUGAUAAACUAGCUUGGUGUAAUUAUUUUCAUGUUUUAGGUUUAAACUUCUUUUGCCUAUUCUAACCUUUUAGGUUAAGGGGAGACUUUGUACCUUAGAUUUAUUGUAUAUUGGAUUUAUUGUAUAUAGGUUUACAUAUUGUAUAUAGGUUUACAUAUUGAAUUUGUUAUUAGACAAUUUAAGAUAUAAUGAACGAUAACUUGUAUGUCAACAUAUCAUGUUGGCAUUUUUUUAGUUGUUUAUUAUAAAUUCUAAUUUCUUAU